CUGAGAAAAGCUCCAGCUCCGAGUGGAGGCAAAGGAUGCCAGAGUGUUCAGGCGAUGCAUGGAGGAAGGAUGCAUGCAGAGAGCGCAAUGUUAUGUGUUGUUGCAUCGCUUUGCAACUUUCAGGAAAACAUCUGCUGCGCGUCCAGCUCCGUCGGUGCAGUUUAGAUGUGAUGUUUUGGCUCCGUGUUGCAAAACCUCUGCUCACUUCCACUGCUGGCGACGCGUCCUCUCAGGAGUGAUGGGCUCCAAGUUCACCCGACAAAGAAGUCUGGAUCUUGAGAGCAAACUGACCAAGAGGAGAAACCAGCGAAAUGAUCAUCCCAGGGAGGACGAGAGAAGUGGCAGCAGGAGCGGCGGAGACUUCUUGUUUACAUCCCUGAUGCUCAAGUCCGACAAGCUGCCGGGGAUGCUGCGGAAAAGCAACCAGAGCCCCUACAUCCAGCGGGUGGCCUGGGUCCGGGAGAUCCAGAAGCUGCUCAGGGAGCAGAAGAUGGAGCAAGCAGGAGAAGUGCUCAAACUACUGAGAAAGGAUUUGGGCCUGCAGGGAACAUCCCUCAAUGACAUUUUGUACAAGAACGCAGCUUUUCUCAACCUUGUGGACCCCAUUUCUCAUGAGCUGCUGCUCAGACUGGCUCGGGACCUGCAGUGCCCAAAAAAGGAAAUGGAGUCACUCAAAUCCACCAACAAGAUCUGCCGGCAGCUGAUUUACCACUUGACCCCUCACUCUAAGUGGACGAAACAGAGCGUGCCCCGAAGGAAAUCCCAAGCCUGUUUGAAGAGCACUUUGAAGAAGCGUCUGUCCGGUGAUGUGUUGAACUUGUCAGGAAUCCCACUGUCUGGACGGGACGUCCACCGAGUGGCUUUCUACCUUCAGACCUGUAAUGAGGCAGUGUCUGCUGUGGACCUGAGCUUCACCGAGCUGCAGGACGACAGCUUACGGCUGCUGCUGCCCUUCUUGAGCUGCAUGUCCAAAUUGACCACACUAGCUGUCAACGGCAACCGCCUGACAGCCGCCAUAGUUAAAGACCUGACGGAGAUGGUCAAGGACCCCAAAAAGUUUCCCUGUCUGGCCUGGAUAGACAUGGGUAACAACUUGGACAUAUUCACUGUCCCACAGCCGUUGCUUGUAGCCCUGCGACGUCGCUUUGGUUUACGCAGCAGCCUUCCCACCAUCUACGAGUACAGCGAGGCACAGGUGUUUGGUAGUUACAAUCCAAACAUGGAGACUUCUGUGGAGGAGCCCAGUUUGUAUGAGGAGGGUGAUGUUGAGGAAGACGAUAGAGUGGAGGAGGAAGAGGAGGAGGACAGACUGGAGCUUCAAGCCUGGGGCUUCAAAGAAGAAAACAUGUCAAAGAAUGUGCCGCUCCACUUCUGUGGGAGGUGAUCGCCCAGGGCGGCUUUCUUUUAGACUGGCAGCUUCUUGUAUCCUCAAGUCUAGCCUUUUCUGUCAGAGUGGCAGGAGAUGCUGACGUUGACCCACACAUUUCUGAAAAUAACUUUAAAAUGAGUAACCAUGUUGUGUGUCCCUGUGGAUGCUCUGGAUACUGCUGACGGCCCUGUGCUUCCACAGGCAGUAAGAAUACAUUUGUAGACUGAUUUAAUCUUUAUUUGUCCAGGGAAAUUUAACGGAACAGGUUUAUUGUUUUUCCAGUACAGCAUGUUUGUUAAAUUGGGAGGUUGCCAACAAAGAUCCUUUAAGUUCUCCAAAACUGUCUUCUGGAGCACUAUGGGAAUUAAGUGCCUUAAACAUGGGCACAUUUGAAACAGCUGAUGGGACCAUUGGCUUACUUUAUUAUGUAGGGCAGAAUCUGUUGAAAUCAAGGAUAUACACCUGAACAAAAAGGACUGUAAAUGUAAUAUUUACAGUAACUUUCAGAUUAAUUAUUAAUUACUUAUUCUUAAUUAUUACAAAAGCUGAGAGUUGGUAUGGUUGCUUGGAAACAUUAAGCAAUUAACAUACCUCAAGACAUUGCCUUUUCAUCUAGAGAUAGCUUGUUUGGUUAGAGUAGAACAGAAACGAAUAGAAUAGAAUCUUGGUUCAUUUUAUUGCAAAAUUAUUAGAUAUGUAUACUAAAGAAAAAAAAACUGUAGAUACAAAAUAAACACUCAUAAUACAAAUAAAUAAUUGGAUCAUUGUAUAACAAAAUAUUACUUAUCUUAGGAUAAAAAGCAAUUGUAAAAAAAACUUUUAAAAAAUUCAAAUUUAAUGGUUGUCGGCUAUGAUCCUCUAAAGUUGUUGGAUGAUAUUUGACACUUUAUUUACAUGAUUUGAUGUUUAAAUGUUUACAUAACUAGUUGUUUUAAAAGCAAAAUAAAAAUGUAGCUGAGUUAUGUCAUGAAACCUGCAGCUGAGCUCUGGAGCAUCCAGGAGACGCUUCAGCAGAUUAAUGAUCCCUCCAAUAUUUUCUUUUAACUUGACUUUAUUGCAGAGAGUAGCAAUGAAGCAAACCUUCUGAGACUAGAUCCCACAGAUGAUGCUUUGACCGAGGAUAUUUGCUAUUAAAGAGAGUUAGCUGUAAACCUGUAUCAGAGGCAUCUUUCGCAGCGCAGAUCUAAGGAAGGGUAGCAGAAUAUUUUUGUAUUUGUUAUAGCUUGAUGUCCAUCUGUUCUUCUCUCUGCCAAGCCCACCUCCUCUGCUGCAGUCAGCACAAUUUCCCUCACCUGUGAUCUGCUCCGUUUAAGUGCUCUCCAGCCUUCAAGUCCCUGUCAGAACAUCAAAAGCUCCUGUCUGUGAGCUUUCAGUGUUUUUUCCUUUGCCCUUGAUUGAUCUCCACAUUACAACUGUGAUCAAUUGCAUUUUUAUUGCUACCGGGGCCAACCUUCUACAAAUUGAAUGGCCAUGAUUACUAAAAUGUCUGUGGCACAAUAGGCAGACCGAGAGUCCCCUCAUUAGUAUGACACUGAAUGUUAAACAUGAGUAUUUCCCUGCCAGAGGAUAGUGGAUUGGUCUGAAUAACAAUUGAUGCUGAUCUGAAAAGAAAAUUCAGAUAUCAGAGAAAAAAAGUGAAUAUCCUAAAGUCACAUUGAUGAAAAUAUAAAUAAUUUCUGUAGAUAUCUAUUUCUACUUGGUCAAAAGUGAAGAUUGUGGAAUGAGUCAAUUUUUUUUUUUUUUUUAAGAUGCAAAGUAUUCUCUGUCACCUUUAGCUUUUUGGUAAAUAUAAAAAGAUAAAAUGUAUUGUUUUUUGUGUGUAUUUAAUUUUUCAGAUAACUUAGAAUUUUAAGGCUAUAUCAAAAAAAUUGACAUUUCAAAAUGUUCUUGUUGUGUUAAAGACAAUUUUUCCUCAGUCUGGCUUUUUCGACACACUUGUCCAACUUGUGAGUUAAUUGGUCAGAUUUUUGUAUUUGUUUUUUACAACACAUUUUUUUGCUCUUGGAAUUUGUUUUUCACCAUGACUCAUUUCAUGUGAAAAAAUAUUUGUUUCCAUUAUUCAGUAGAUAUCUACUUGUAUGCAAGCCAAUAAACCUGAUAACAUCCAUAUAAUUUUAGAUUUCUAUAAAGAUACAUUGAUCGCUGCUAAACAAAGAAUGCAGAGAAAGCCUUGGUCUGAUCCUCACAUUCAGAUCUCACAGAGAGUGUUUGGGUGCAAACCGCUGAUGAACUGAUUACUGCCUCUAUCAGGCCUCGUUAUCCCCCUUCUGUCACAGAUGGUGUGCAGAGCUCCUUUUUUUUGUUCUUAGAAAAUAGGACUAGCCCUAGAUAAUUUGGGCCAAAGAUGGUUUCUUUACAGCUCUAUUUAUGAAUCUGACUGAGGAACAAGACCGAUCCGGAUUUUAGAGUUUAAUCAAUAUAUAAAUGAGUUACAAACAGCUCUGCUUUUUCUUUCUCUGCUGUGUUGUUAGGCUGUUCAGAAAGCUAAAUGUUGUUGCAUGAAAACAGCAUUUCUCUUUCAGCUAUAUAUUUUUAAUAGAUGUUAAUGUUUUGUAUAGUUUUCAAGGCAAUAUGUCUGGCUUGGGGCAGAAGGAAUGUCUACAAGUGAACUAGUUUUUCAAUAAAUUUGACUAUUUUGGCAUAAAUUAAAGAUUUAAGCUUGUGAAUGCAGCUCUACAGCUGCCCACUUUGUAUUCGACAUAGAAACAUCAUAUUGGGGUUCAUUUUAUUUCCUGCUUAUUAUUUUAUGAAAAUCUGUUUCCUUGUUUCAUGAGAACGGAGCACUGACUCUGUGUGUUUGCAUUCGCUUCUAUGAGAGGGUAAUUAGUGUGUCUGUUUAUGUUGUGGACAUGCAAAAUAAAUUGCUACCUUUGAUCGUAGAAAUGAAAUGUUUGCUCAUUUGCACUUUUAAGGACGACCGCGUCCCUGAAUGAAUAAUUUGCUUUUUAUUGUGACUCACCAGUACAAACACAAGCCUUGUGGUUGUAUACAUCCUUUUUUUUUCUUAACUUCUUGGAAUUGCAAGCUAAAUCUACAACUGUCAAAUGCUGUCAUGAUGAAAUAUGUGAAUCUGUUUGGUCUUGGUUUUUGCUUUUCUUGCUAAUUUCUAAGGUGGAAGUAGUGUUUGCUUGCAGCUGCUUUGAAUAAAGAAUAUUUUCCAAGA